ACAAAACGCCCCCUAAAAGUACGAAACGGCGUCGUUUGAGGGGCUUUUCUCUCUCACUCAGUCUCUCUCCUUCAGUUUUUUGGCACAAAAAGUACGAAUUUCUCACUUGCUGAGAUAUAGAGCAACCCCAGAGCAGAGGCAGAGGAAGAACAUCCCGAGAAAAAAAGCAGCAGCAGCUCCCAAGAUCCGAUCAGAUCCAUUUUAUCGUCUUUCUCUCUCCUCACUUCCACUCUUCCUGUUCUCUCUCCUUCCCUCAAUUUUUCUCACUGCCCCAAAUCGUUUCCGCGCCAGCCGCUUAGGGUUUCCCCAAAUUUCCUCUCCAAAUGCGUAGGAUCCACACCCAGCCAUCGCCAAGUUCAAGUGCAUGAAGCUUUGGUGCUGUCUAUGCUUCACUGAAGAGGAACAAGAUACCCUAAACCUCAUGAAGGAAGAGGACAUUUCCGAAAACGACGUCGUUCCCGGCGUUGGAGCUGCUGCUGUCGCUGACCACCACGCUGACGACAACCGCGACGAUGACCGAUUCGCGAUGACGCCGGUGCAGCCGCGCGCCGAGGCAUUGGUCUCGUGGACCGGCGAGUGCAGCGCCGCCGCGUGCUCGGACAGCACCGUCGCAGGCAGCGUCGAGAGCCGCGAUUUGAGCCACAAACGCGCUAAGUUCUACGCCGAUUUCGAGGAGCGGUACUUUUCGACGAAUGCAGGGAAAUGCAGUGCAUCUAAUGAAUAUGGAGACUAUGACUUCAUUAACGAUUCUCUUCGAACCAACGGUGAGACUUUUUGUGAUACAUUUGCAUUGAUGGGCGGUGGUGAGGAGAGUGGUUUUGAUUCCAGCAUUGUGGAAGACGGUGAAGGAGAUAAUAGUGAUAUCUUGAAAGUGGAAGAUGUAGAGGUCAGAAUGGAUCUCACCGAUGACUUGUUGCAUAUGGUUUUCUCGUUUUUGGAUCAUCCCAAUCUUUGCAAAGCUGCCAGGGUUUGUAAACAGUGGCGAAGUGCAAGUGCUCAUGAAGAUUUCUGGAAAAGCUUGAAUUUUGAAGAUCGUAACAUUUCUGUCGAACAAUUUGAGGACAUGUGUAGGCGUUAUCCCAAUGCCACAGCAGUGAGCAUAUCUGGUUCUGCUAUUUACUUGCUUGUCAUGAGGGCCAUCUCUUCAUUAAGGAAUCUUGAGGUUCUAACAUUAGGAAGAGGACAAAUAGCUGAUACUUUUUUCCAUGCUUUAGCUGAUUGUUCUAUGUUAAAAAAGUUGAAUAUAAAUGAUUCUACACUUGGCAAUGGCAUUCAAGAGAUAACUAUAAAUCAUGACAGAUUGUGUCAUCUUCAAUUAACAAAAUGCCGUGUGAUGCGAAUAGCAGUCAGGUGCCCACAACUGGAAACUAUGUCAUUGAAGCGCAGUAACAUGGCACAGGUUGUACUCAAUUGUCCACUUUUGCAUGAGCUUGAUAUAGGCUCUUGCCACAAACUUCCUGAUGCUGCAAUACGAGCUGCUGCAACUUCAUGCCCUCAACUUGUUUCACUGGACAUGUCAAAUUGUUCUUGUGUCAGUGAUGAAACUCUGCGUGAAAUAGCAUUGAGUUGUGCUAGCCUUAGUUUUCUUGAUGCAUCAUACUGCCCAAACAUUUCUCUGGAGUCUGUUAGACUGCCGAUGUUGACAGUUCUAAAGCUUCAUAGUUGUGAGGGGAUCACUUCUGCCUCGAUGGCUGCAAUUGCUCAUAGUGAUAUGUUGGAGGUUUUGGAGCUUGAUAAUUGUAGCCUGCUGACAUCAGUGUCAUUGGAUCUUCCCCGUUUGCAGACUAUUAGAUUGGUACACUGUCGCAAGUUUGCCGAUUUAAACUUGAGGACUAUGAUGCUUUCUAAUAUUCUGGUAUCAAACUGUCCUGCACUUCAUCGUAUCAAUAUCACUUCAAAUUCACUUCAAAAACUACCAUUGCAAAAGCAAGAAAGUUUAACCACCUUAGCUCUACAAUGUCAAUCUUUACAAGAAGUGGACCUCUCAGAGUGUGAAUCUUUGACAAACUCUAUAUGUGAUGUUUUUAACGAUGUUGGAGGAUGCCCUAUGCUGAAAUCACUAGUUCUAGCUAAUUGUGAGAGCUUGACUUCGGUUCGGUUCUUCAGCACCUCUUUGGUCAGUCUUUCCCUUGCUGAUUGUCGGGCAAUCACUACUCUGGAGCUCACAUGCCCCAACCUUGAGAAAGUCAUUUUGGAUGGUUGUGAUCAUUUAGAAAGAGCAUCCUUUUGUCCUGUUGGUCUUCGAUCUCUCAAUUUAGGAAUAUGUCCAAAAUUAAAUAUACUCAGCAUAGAAGCCACGGCUAUGGUCUCACUUGAGUUGAAAGGAUGUGGUGUACUGUCUGAAGCAUCAGUUAAUUGUCCUCUCUUGACAUCUUUGGAUGCUUCAUUUUGCAGCCAACUCACUAAUGAAUGCUUGUCUGCAACAACUGCCUCUUGCCCAAUGAUUGAAUCAUUAAUAUUGAUGUCAUGCUCAUCAAUUGGUUUGGAUGGACUGUGUUCUUUGCAGCGGCUCCCAAAUUUGACCCUACUUGAUUUGUCGUAUACCUUUUUGGUCAAUUUGCAGCCUGUUUUUGAGUCUUGUACACAGCUAAAGGUAUUAAAGUUGCAGGCAUGCAAAUAUCUCACUGACUCAUCACUUGAACCCCUCUACAAGAGGGGAGCUUUACCAGCACUUCAGGAGUUAGACUUGUCUUAUGCUACACUGUGUCAGUCUGCUAUAGAGGAGCUUCUUUCUUGCUGCACACACCUUACACAUGUCAACUUGACUGGCUGUGCCAAUAUGCACGACUUAAAUUGGGGAUGUAGUCGUGGGCAUAUUGCUGGUGUAAAUGUGCUAUCUAUUACAAGUUCUUAUGAAAAUGUCCAUGAGCUAAGUGAGCAACCCACUCGACUACUGCAGAACUUAAACUGCGUGGGAUGUCUGAACAUUCGGAAAGUUUUCAUUCCAUUAACGGCACAUUGUUCCUGUUUGUUGUUUUUAAACCUUUCUCUAUCAACGAAUUUGAAAGAGGUUGAUGUUGCAUGUCUCAACCUAAGCUGGCUUAAUCUAAGCAAUUGUUACUCUUUGGAAGUUUUGAAGCUAGAUUGUACAAGAUUGACCAGUCUAUUCCUCCAGUCUUGCAACAUUGACGAAGAAGCAGUAGAGACUGCUAUAUCCAAAUGCACUAUGCUGGAGACUCUUGAUGUUCGCUUCUGUCCAAAGAUUAGCUCAAUGAGCAUGGGAAGAUUGCGUGCAGCAUGUCCUAGUUUGAAGCGUAUAUUCAGCAGCUUGUCAGCUUCAUAAACAUAACCGAGGAUCUUCUAUUUUACUAGUGGUUUUCACUUGAAGUGAAGACACACUUGGUAAUAAUAAAUCUGGUUAUUUCCUCAAUGUGUUGUAAAUGGUCAACUUAUUAUUGUUUCUGUAUGUUUGUCAUAUAUAGAAAUCAGGUUAUAUUUUUCGGAUUGUUGUAAUAAGCUGUCGUUCCUAUACAUGAGCUCUUGUAAAUUUUACAUUUCAAUUUUGUUGAUACAUAUUUUACUCUAAAA